UUUUCAGUUUGCUCCUCCAUAAAAACGCUCUGAAUUCCUCCUCCUUGCUACUCGAAUGGCAAAAGCAAUGGAUAUAGCAAUUUCUUGGCAUGGAGUAUUUGCUCUAAUUCUCUGUCCCCUCAUCGCAUUAAGUUCCACGUCAUCAACCUCCAUAGUCUGUGCUAAUGAACUUUCUUUAGUUGUAUCUCAAUCUACCACGCUGCAGAUAUCUCCAGGAAUAGUAGUGGAAAACUCUCCUGGCUCUAAGCCAGGAACUAAAGUCAUUUGUGAGAGAGUUAAUAUCCAUGGCUUGUCAAGGCUAAAAAGUCUGAGGAAGUAUGCCCAUUCAGUAAAAGUGAAUGUAUCAUAUCUGAAUCCAAGUGGGCGUCUACCUAAUGCUGAGGUCUGUUUCCAUAGGAAUCAUUCCCUUGCAAUUGGGAUGUGCUCGCCAGACCAAUGGAUGAAACUAACAAAGGGUUCAUGGGUGAGAUCAAUGUCACCUUUCGAUCACAAGUUCUUGGAUAUUAGGAUGGCAAGCUCAUCUAUGGGAACUUUUCAGGUCUCGCUGAAUGAAGAUUUUUUUUUGUAUCGUGUUGUGUUUCUGGUACUGGGGAUAUUGUUACUUACUCUGGCAUCCUUCCUUAGCAAGUCUCUAGUAUUUUACUAUGGUGGUGGAAUGGCAGUAGGGGUUUUUCUUGUGAUACUGAUGGUUCUUUUCCAGGGAAUGAAGCUUCUUCCGACUGGUAGGAAGAGUUCACUAGCAAUAUUCUUGUAUUCAUCCAUGAUUGGUGUAGGAUCUUUCAUUCUAAGCUAUGUGCCACAGAUGUUGCGUUCAAUACUUAACGAGAUUGGUAUUGGUGAAGACAUGUACAACCCUCUGGCAAUAUUUUUGCUGCUUUUCCUCGUGAUUGCUGGAGCUUGGUUGGGGUUUUGGGUUGUUCACAAACUUGUACUUGCAGAAGAUGGAUCGAUUGACACCGGAGUGUCUCAAUUUGUUGGUUGGUCCAUUCGAAUUGUUGCUGCCGCGUUGGUUCUUCAGAGUUCUGUGGAUCCUUUAUUGUCUAUCGAGGCGUUGAUAUGUGGAAUUCUGAUCUCAUCAAUCUUGAGGAGAUUAUUCCGUCCCAAAUAUGUUCUGCGCUUUUUCAAGAAUUUAUCACAAAUAGACAUGAGUUAUCCCUGGGAAUCUCAGGAUUCGUACACAUCACCGAUUAAAGGGCCAUAUGAUUCCAGGACUUUCAAGAGAAAUCUAAAUGACACAAUCAGCCAAGGUUCUCCUCUCAAGCCACGAAGCUUCUUGUCAGAAACAGAUACAUUCUAUUCUACGUUCCACGACACUCCUGAACGGAAGAAGCUUUCAAAGGAUGAGUAUGACAAGUUAACUAAAGAAACCACAAAGAAGGCUAUGGAAGAGCUUGUUUCUUCCCCAGAUUUUAGCAAAUGGGCUGUCGCUCACGCAGAUAGGAUUACUCUUGCUCCAAAGAAAGAGGCAACUGCUAGACAGAAAAGGUGGUACCAAUGGCUAUGAGGCGGGAGCUUAGGUGUCCAGACUUCUUGUAACAUGUUACGUGUUUUUCACUUAGGUAGUGGUUUUUUUUUUUAGGAAGUUGUGUAUUAUGGUGUGAUUAUCUUAUUACUCUGAGCUAGUGUAACCUUACUGACUUUUACAAGGGACAGAUACUUCAAGCACCGUGCAUUAAUGUUGAAUGUAACAACUGGAUAAUUGAAAUGACAUUUUGCAUUGUAAA